CAAUCCUUUAUUGUACAAUGCGUCUUGAUUCUCUCCAGCUCUAUACAUGCGUCGGCCCGUGGCAUAUAAAGCAGCCCGAGCCUCGCAAUACAGUACUGUACUUUGGUUUAUUUCUCUCCUACCCAAUUCCUCUGUUCAUCUCAAGAUGUCUGUACCACCACAGCCAUCGAGCAGACAAACGCCACCAACGGGUUCCACUCGCAAACGACCACCUCUUUCACGUGAAAAAUGCAAUCGCUGUCGAAGGGACAAAGUCAAGUGUAUGCCCAUCGAGCGUCGUUGGCCUCAGAAGUGUAAUCGAUGCAUCGAGAAAGAGUUCGAAUGCUCCGAAAAUACGCAUGCGGAUGGGAAAAGGAAAAAAAGGGGUCGACUCGAGUCACCGUCACCACCAAAAUCUUCAGGCGGCAGCAACAGCGAACUAGAGCCCCCUAGAGGCCGGUAUCAGGAUCAAGUACAAGACUUGUAAGCCUUCUACAUUGAUUUCUCAGACGUUAUCUGAAGCAAAAGCUCGUUGUCAGACUAAACCUUCUCGGAAUCUACGGAAUGAUGUGUGC